GGAAGUGCUGGACGACGACAUGAACAUUUGGAACAAACAAGGAUGAAGAGAAAGGAAGCGGAGGAGGAGUUUCUUGGAAUCCUUUUGACCAAACAACAACUUCUAUUCUUCAAGGAUUUCUUCAUCACGAAUAAGGAUCAACUUCUCUCAAAACCUCGGUGAUGGCAGUUUCUGUCCCGAGGGUUCUGGAAGUACAAGUCCAAGAGGACGCCAAUGUAGUGAAACUGACAGACAAACAGCAAGACGUGUAUAGUGCGAACCAGAAAGGACAGCCCAAAUGUCUCGGGGCGAGUCAGAUUGUGCUGGGACUGAUGAUCAUGUCCUACUCUAUUCCUCUGCACUUCACUGAGUUCACUCAGGUGGUUUUCCUGGGAGUACCAUGGUGGAGUGGCCUGGUGUUUAUCAUUUCUGGAGUGGUUGCUGUCAUCUUGGACAAACGCUGUACGACAUGGACUUACUGCCUGUCCAUGAUGGUGAACGUGGUGUCUGUGGUGCUGUCCAUCGUGGCUGUGAUCAUCUAUUCUGUGGACCUGGACAAAAACCCAGAAUUCCCCUGUGUCAGGAGCAAACAGCACGUCUGUAGCGAAAGAUUCUACGCCACAAGACUGUCCAGAGGACUGAAAUCCUUUCUGCUAUUGUUCACACUGGCCCAGACUGCAGUGUGUGCCACCCUUUGCAUCCUUCUCUACAGACACAAACGCUCCAUUGGGUUGUAUGCUCCUUUUCCUGGACCUGCUUCAUCUCCCCCGAGAGUCCUCACAAGUCCCGACCAGUGCUGAUCGGUCACAUCACAACAUGAACACUUUUUCUACAUUAAGGAUGCGAAAACUAUACGAAGGGUUAAAUGUGACAAAAUUAGAUAAAUACAUACAUUUUUAAUUAUGUUGGAAUGAAAUACACAAAUAUGUGUCAGUUUAAUGUAAAAGUACAUUCAAUCAUUUAAUAAAUAAUUUAUUAAUUUCUUAAUUCAACAAUUAUUUCACGAUGUUAUUGACGAGGGCUUCAUGAAUUCUAUAAAACACCUGAUUGAUCACCCAGCAGAGAAGUACUGGUCGCAAUCUUGGUCAGAAAUUGCAGAAAUAACUCCGACAACUGCAAUAAAUUCCUCUUCUUUAACUGCUACAUGCUCUGGGUCUCUGUGAGGUGUAAAAUAUAAAAAUACCACCAACUCUCGCAAAAGUAUUCCCUCCUUAGCCGCCAUAUUUCGAAAGACGUCCAAAGUUCCGGGCUUCAAGCUGCAGCAAUCAAAAUGUAUUCAUGUUGUCAUCUAUCAUGAGUGUCUUAAAAGUCACGACAUCUACUGAUUUAAAACCACAUCCAAUCAUCAAGCUUAAAUCCUCCAAGCCCCGCCCACUGACUUUGAUGGGUGAGUUUGACGGAGACAAUACAUUCACGAGGCGCUGAUGUGUUCAUGAAGUAAUUAAUGUAGAAAUAAAUAUUUAAAUUAUAAAAAUAAUUUAAUAUUGUACUUUUACAAAAUACAAAAGCAGGGAAGUUGGCACAUUGUGUAAAAGGUAAAUAAAAACAGAAUACAAUAAUUUGCAAAUCUUUUUCAACUUAUGGACUGCAAAGACAAGAUAUGUAAUGUUCCAACUGGAAAACUUUGUUAUUUUUUGCAUAUAUAAGCUCAUUUGGAAUUUGAUGCCUGCAAC